AUGGCCCUGGGCAUCUUAGACAAUGAUGACUCGAUUCUGACAUGCAUGAGCACAUGGAUCAUGCUCAUUUUAGGCAUUUCCACCAAUAUUUUAGCUCUACAUCUAGCCGUCAAACACUCACAUCAUAAUAUCGGCAAAUAUCGCUAUAUUUUGUACUGUUUCCUCGUUCACAACAUGAUCUUCACCCUGGUCAAUGCUUUAGCUGAUUGGGCAAGUGAACUGAAC